AGCAUAUGGAGCGCGUGCAUCACAUUUUCAAUCAAAGUCCAAAAUUGUGAAAUCCUCAUCUGCUAAAACUAGGGCUCCAAAAACUUGCUUUUUCCCCCUUUCUAAAAACAUACAAAUCAUUCGCUUCAAUUCACCUCAAAAUCAUAUUCAAUUUCACCUUCUGCUUCAUGCAAUUGAAGAAUGUCGGAAACCAACACGAACAACCACCAUCAUUCAUCAAUCUACGAAUCCGUAAACCUACAACCAGCUAAUCUCCACCACCACCACCACCAUCAUCAACAUCAACAUCAUCAACACCACAAUAACAACGAUGUGGUUGUUCAAGAAGACGAUGAUGUUGCAGGUGGUGCUGAAGAGUCCAUAGAUAACCCUAGCCAGAUCCGUUACGAUCCUCAUCAUCAUAAUAAUCAGCAGCAGCAUCAUGGUUUGCAGGAAGGUGGAAUGGAGGAUAUGAGGGUUACGGAUGCUGAAAUUCACCCCUUGUAUGUUCCGGAUGCUGAGAUGCAUCCGGUUAGUGCUGGUGGUGGAGCUGCUGCUGGUGUUGAUCAGCUUACACUGUCGUUUCAAGGGGAAGUUUAUGUUUUUGAUGCUGUUUCGCCCGAAAAGGUGCAAGCUGUGUUGUUGCUAUUGGGUGGGUAUGAGGUACCAACUGGUGCUCCGACUUUGGGGAUGCCUCCUCAAAACCACAGGGGUUUGACUGAAUUCCCUGCAAGAUCAAGUCAACCACAACGGGCUGCUUCAUUGAGUCGGUUCAGAGAAAAGCGAAAAGAAAGAUGCUUUGAUAAGAAAAUCCGUUAUAGCGUGCGGAAGGAAGUUGCUCUUAGAAUGCAGCGGAAGAAGGGUCAGUUUACAUCAUCCAAGGCAGUCUCUGAUGAAGCAGGUACAGCUACUUCAGAUUGGAACGGCGGUCCUGCCCAGGAUGAAGAAACAAUAUGUAGACACUGUGGAAUCAGCUCAAAGGCUACUCCAAUGAUGCGUCGUGGGCCUUCUGGCCCGAGAACAUUGUGCAAUGCAUGCGGACUCAAAUGGGCCAACAAGGGAGUUCUACGAGACCUUAACAAGGUUUCAGCAUCAGGAGCUCCAGACCCUACUGGAAAGUCUAUAGAGCAGGUGGGUUUCUUGUCAGAGUGACGUGGAAGCAAAUGAGACAGAUGCUGUAAAUGUGAAUGCUAUGAUAAUGGCCUCUAAUGGAGACGGUUCAGCUGUGGCACCUGAAAGGUAGGUUGGUGAGGCUAUAUUUGAAGAGAAAUAAGGGAAGAUGUUGCAUUCAUAAACAAACUCACAUUAGUUGUUACAAAGAUUGUAGAUAUAUCUGUUCAUGUCUUGAGGUCGCAUUGCUAAAUUAUCAAGAGAUUAUAAUUUACUUUUCGGAUUGUGAGUUUCUUCGUUUCUGUAUGUUUUGAACAGUUCUACUCUAUUUCUGAUCUAUUCACAGUGGUAACAAA